AUGUCUACAGCCUCCGCCGCCUCCUCCUCCUCUUCGUCUUCGGCCGGUGAGAUGAUCGAAACCCCCUUCCAGGUCCUCAACUUUGAAGAGAUCGACUACAAGGAAAUCGAGGUGGAAGAGGUUGUUGGAAGAGGAGCCUUUGGAGUAGUCUGCAAAGCCAAAUGGAGAGCAAAAGAUGUUGCUAUUAAACAAAUAGAAAGUGAAUCUGAGAGGAAAGCCUUUAUUGUAGAGCUUCGGCAGUUAUCCCGCGUGAACCAUCCUAAUAUUGUAAAGCUAUAUGGAGCUUGCUUGAAUCCAGUGUGUCUUGUGAUGGAAUAUGCUGAAGGAGGCUCUUUAUAUAAUGUGCUGCAUGGUGCUGAACCAUUGCCAUAUUACACUGCUGCCCAUGCAAUGAGUUGGUGUUUACAGUGUUCCCAAGGAGUAGCUUAUCUUCACAGCAUGCAGCCCAAAGCUUUAAUUCACAGGGACCUGAAACCACCAAACUUGCUGUUGGUUGCAGGGGGGACAGUUCUAAAAAUCUGUGAUUUUGGUACAGCCUGUGACAUUCAGACUCACAUGACCAAUAACAAAGGGAGUGCUGCUUGGAUGGCACCUGAAGUUUUUGAAGGUAGCAAUUACAGUGAAAAAUGUGACGUCUUCAGCUGGGGCAUUAUCCUUUGGGAAGUGAUAACACGUCGGAAACCUUUUGAUGAGAUUGGUGGUCCAGCAUUCCGUAUCAUGUGGGCUGUUCACAAUGGUACUCGGCCACCACUGAUCAAAAAUUUACCUAAGCCCAUUGAGAGCCUGAUGACUCGUUGUUGGUCUAAAGAUCCUUCUCAGCGCCCUUCUAUGGAGGAAAUUGUGAAAAUAAUGACUCACUUGAUGCGGUACUUUCCAGGAGCAGAUGAGCCAUUACAAUAUCCUUGUCAGUAUUCAGAUGAAGGACAGAGCAACUCUGCCACCAGUACAGGCUCAUUCAUGGACAUCACUUCUACAAAUACCAGUAAUAAAAGUGACACUAAUAUGGAGCAAGUUCCUGCCACAAAUGACACUAUUAAACGCUUAGAAUCAAAAUUGUUGAAAAAUCAGGCAAAGCAACAGAAUGAAUCUGGACGUUUGAGCUUGGGUACCUCCCGUGGGAGCAGCAUGGAGAGCUUGCCCCCAACCUCUGAGGGCAAGAGGAUGAGUGCUGACAUGUCUGAAAUAGAAGCAAGGAUAGCUGCAACCACAGCCUAUUCCAAGCCUAAAAGGGGCCACCGUAAAACCGCUUCAUUUGGCAACAUUCUGGAUGUCCCUGAGAUCGUCAUAUCAGGCAACGGGCAACCAAGACGGAGGUCCAUCCAAGACUUGACUGUUACUGGAACAGAACCUGGUCAGGUGAGCAGUAGGUCAUCCAGUCCUAGCAUCAGAAUGAUCACUACCUCAGGACCAACCUCAGAAAAGCCAACUCGAAGUCAUCCAUGGACCCCUGAUGAUUCCACAGAUACCAAUGGAUCAGAUAACUCUAUCCCAAUGGCUUAUCUCACACUGGAUCACCAAUUACAGCCUCUAGCACCAUGUCCAAACUCCAAAGAAUCUAUGGCAGUGUUUGAACAGCAUUGUAAGAUGGCACAAGAAUAUAUGAAAGUUCAAACAGAAAUUGCAUUAUUAUUGCAGAGAAAGCAAGAACUAGUUGCAGAACUGGACCAGGAUGAAAAGGACCAGCAAAAUACAUCUCGUCUGGUACAGGAACAUAAAAAGCUUUUAGACGAAAACAAAAGCCUUUCUACUUAUUACCAGCAAUGCAAAAAACAACUAGAAGUCAUCAGAAGUCAGCAACAAAAACGACAAGGCACUUCAUGAUUCUCUGGACCUUUAAAUUUUAACAUAUGCAAAGAAAGACUUUUUUUUUAAAGGAAAGAAAAACCCUUAUAAUGACAAUUCAUGAGUGUUAGCUUUUUGGCGUGUUCUGAAUGCCAACUGCCUAUAUUUGCUACAUUUGUUUCAUCAAUAUUUGCCUGUUCUCAUGGUGGAUAUGCAGUUAAACUGUCUCUUUGCAUAAUAUUAGGGCAUCUGAGACUUGAAUAAGCGGCCGUCUCAACUUCAAAACAGAUGCCAUGAAUUGUGGCUGUAUGUGCAUGCUCAUUGUGUGAAGUCUAGGCUAAUGAAAACGGGGUAUCCAGCUGCUAUGUGCAACAUUGUCUUUUUUUUUUUUUUUUCCAUAUUAGAGGUGGAACCUCAAGAAUUAUUUUAUUCUUGUAUGUCAUCUCAAAAAAUUAAUAAUUUUAUUCCAAAAGAUGGUAUAUACCAAGGAAAGACAGGGUAUUAUAAUUCUAGAAUAAUUGGUGGUACAUCACAGAAAUAUAGAACCCUUAGGGAUCGUUCCAUGAGGGUCUUGGAUCAGUACUGAACUCAGUUCCAUCCAUAAAAUAUUUAAAGGUAAGUGGCGGCUGCCAUAUUUAAGAAAGGAAUUUUACCUGGUUUCACUAGACUAAAAUUUGAUUAUGGUACAUUGAACAAAGUGGAACUUUUUUUAAGGAGCAAAGAUUUUUAAUUCUGUGAUUGUGUGUUGAAACAGUAAAGCUUUUUUGAUGUUAAUAUUAAUCUCUUAAGUGAAAUUAAAAGGCAAAUGAACCAUGAUCCAGCUUAAAUGAUCAUUAUUUCCUGUAAUUAUUAUUGGACUGUUUUACUGUAUAUUUGAAAAACUGAAGAGAAAUAAUGGAAAAUGGAAGUUACUGCUCCAGCUAAAAGGCUUGAGCUUAGAUUUUUUUUUCAUAAUAUCAAAUGAGGAAUAAAACUGGCAAAUCAGGGAACCAGCUAGUAAGGAAGUUAAAGAAGUAAAUAUAAAUUCAUCAAGUAUCCUACUUAUCCUAGAUAUCUGAAUAAUUGAUUUUCCUUGUAAUCCCAUCCUAGAAUGCCUGCUGCCUUUCAACACUUUUAAGAGAACAUAUCAACAGUUAUAAAGAGAAAUUUUAUAUUGUAACAAGUAUCUUUGCUACCAGCUCGAAAAUAACUUAAAAGUAAUAAAACUUCAUUGAAAUAAUAGACCUUAUAAGCUCUGUUUGUUUUCAGUUGAUAUUAAAAUAAAUUACAUUUUGAUAUCAGUACAAGGUGUCCUUUAAACAGGGAUGUCACAACCUUGUUUUUAAUAGCAUUAAUGUUUUAUGAAGGGAAAAUAAAAAGUGAAAGCAUAAUUGAUGUGAGAGUUAGAAUUAUAUCAUGAUUGUGUUAUAGUUUUGCUCUAUUUCAGAUAAGCAGGUUGAUCUAAAAAGUAAUCAAAACUUUCUUAAAAAUGCUUCAGCAGGUGAAUUUUUCUUCCAUUAUUUUUUCCUCCUCCCACUGAGUUUUAUAACGUAUUCUUUGUGUAUACAAGCAAUAAAGGUAAAGGAUAGUUUGUAUUAAACUGUGUCAUUUUUAGAUUCUUUAAAAUAUAUUCUUAGAAAGCUUCUGGGAACUAAUUGUCUUCCAUCAUUUUGUUUAAAGAAAAGGAGGUUUAUAAUUCCCAAAUAAUUUCAUUACCUAGUUGAACUGAUAAUGGGCCCAACAUAUUAAUAGUAAAAUAAAUUUGGCACAGAAAAAAAGUAUGGACUUAAGAACAAGCAUAACACAUGCAGAGUAUUGCUUCUUGCAUGUACAUUGCACUCUACCAGAAGGGACUUAGUCAAUGUUUAGAGGCUUUUCUAAUACCUCAGCACGUGAGAUAUCCAAUCAUGGGUGCCAGGGCUUGACAUUCUCAUUAGGAUUCAGCAUUAUAGAUUUCAGAUUUUUUUCUAGUCAUCAAUGUAUUUAUGCUGUAUCAUAACAUACUUAAAGGGAAAUUUUAUUACUAUUUUUAUUACAUACAGUCACUUCAUAAAUAUAGCUGAAUAGGUAAAUGGAAGAAAUAGUAGUUUUAAGUCGUAAUACCAUAUGCAAAAAGGCUGUUGAGCAGUUGCUUGUUUGUUUACAAUAAAUUCUUUGGGAUUUUCCGUACUGUACUUGUCCUGGACAUUGGAUGUAGUUCAGCCUUCUUUUGUUUUUAAGUAGUUACAUUGCCAAUCUCAUAAUUUUUAAAUCCUGAUUCUCCUUGGUGAUGGGAGAAAAUUAUACCAGGGAUAAUUGAAAUAUUCACAGCCAAUUUCAUCAGUGUGCUCACCUAUCAAACCUUUAAAUAAAGAUGGUAACAAGGAGCCAAACCAUUUAUUAAUUCUAGUUAUUCAAUUUACUCUAAACCUCUUGGAGGAGAAAUAGCAACAGGCAAGAAAGUGGCAAAAGGGCCCAAAUCGAAGAAAUUGACAAUCCCUGAACAAAAUAUAUUUUAUUCUUGUCUCCAGGGAAAGAGAACAAAACUUUUUCCUAAUCUAGGGAAAAAUACUCCCCAGCAGUAAAAACAGAUUUUUGGAGUCAAAUAAAAAACAGUGAAGUAUACUUACCUUAUUGCAAUACAGCAUAUUGAAGAGUUUGUUUAAAGUUGUUUACAAAUGUCUGACUAUUUUGCUGAGAUAGUUUAGAGUAUCGAAUAGCUUUCAUGUUCCUGGUUUCAACCUUCUGCCUGUAGCAAGAGAUCCCAGGCCUUCACUCUUCACCUGCAUUUUGUUUCUUUCUGUACAUGUGUGUGGUUUUCAGCUGUCAACCUCUUUCUUCACUUCAAAUGUAGUAGGUUCUAUUUCUCCUAUGGUGUUCAGAACAUUUAAUGUAAGAUGAAAUAAUGCUGAAUUUCUUACACAAACUGUGUACUUGAAGGAAGCUUUUUAGAUUUAUUUUGUUUUUAAUAAAACUCAGAUUGUAAUUCAAAUUUU